AUGUUUGAUUUUAUAAGAAUACCAUUCAAAGWUAAUAAAGUUAAAAUUGUAAGUCCAUUUCUUUGUGAUAAUGUCAAACAAUUUGGUAUCUGUGAAGAAACAUGUGCAGAGCGUCAUGAUUUAUGUAAAACACUUGAUAAAGAAUGUCUCAAUAUUCCUUCAAAAUGUUUGAUUAGCAUWAAACUAUCAAAAAUCCUGAGUGCUUCACGCUUUUAUGGCAGAAUUCUUAAAUAUAGUACUAAAAAUAAUCCUACAAAAGAUCAACAUUGGAUUAGUGUUGACGACUCAUUUGAAAGAAUAAAAUAUGAAUUAAAAAACAUUUGCUCAACACCAAAAUUAAUCAUUUUAUGUAAAACCUUUACCAUUGGUGAAAUGGUUAUGGUACAAACUGAACAAGAAGAAUUUUAUCGAGCAGUGGUCUUAGAUAUAGAUUAUGGAUGGCUUACAGUUAAGGCAAAAGUAAUAUUAAUUGACACUGGAUUAACAACAGAAAUUAGUUCAAAUAAAAUAUUUGUAUUGCCAAGCCAUUUAAAAGAACUCCGGCCUUUAGCAGUUGAAAUCAUCAUAUCUUCCAUGGAACCAGAGAUUGAGAGAGGUUCUGUUUUCAAUUGGCCAGUGAAUACAACAAAUGUUGUACAUAGUUUAUUAGAACCAAUUAUUUUGUCAGAYUUAGAAUUUAUUUGCAAAGUUGAACUUACAUUAGGAACGACUUUAUGGGUUGAUUGGAUAUUAGCCAAGAAAUGUAUUAAAUGUUCUCACUUUGCAUGUAAACUGUAUAAAAGUUCUUUGAUACUACCAAAUGAAUUAAUCAAACGCAAUCUUGCUAGACGUAGUUCUCUGCUCAUUGAUAAAUUAAUAAAUUUAGACAAGGAUGCCCAAGAACAAAAAAAUGAAAAUAACAAAGUAAUUAAAGUACAAUGGGCUCAUUUAUCUGAGCAUACAAUUUCAAAUGUAUCUGUUUGUUAUGUAGAUUCUCCAAAAUGUUUUUUUGUAAUUAAUAUGCAAUUUUAUGAUAGAGUUAUUGCUCUUCAAAAAGACAUUGAUGAUGCUAUUAGUAAUACAACAAUUGCAAAAUUAACUUGUGCUACUGUAGGAAAUAUUUGUUUAGCCUUAGCACCUGGAGAAAAUAAAUAUAAUCGUGUUAUUAUUCAAAAACUCAACAAUCAAAAAGCUGAUGUUUUCUUUGUAGAUUAUGGUGAAUUUUAYGAAGUUGAAAUUGAUGGUUUAUUGACUAUACCCUCAAGUUUAAUAACAAAGUUACCAUUUCAAGUAAUUGAGUGUAGCUUAAGUGGUUUUAAUGAUAUUUUACCGACAGAUAUUGUAGAUCUGUUUAAUAAUCGUUUGUUGGAACUUACAAAUACUAAGAUACAUUUAAAAGUUCUUUCUUCUACCAAAGACACGAAGUUUACUGUAGGAAGUCUUUAUGAAGUUGUAUUGUUUAAUAAUGAUAAGAAUAUAAAUGUGACAAUGGCUGAUGAAUUUAAUAGGUAUGUUGAUAAUACUCAAAUACAAAAUAUUUUAGGUUCAAAUUAUGAAUAUAAAGAAUACGAAAGUAAGGAUGAUGAUGAUGAACUUGAUGAAGAAGAAUUGAAAUGUCAGAUGGAGUUUUUGAAGAGCUUAUUCAAAAAUUCAAAUCAAACAAAUGAAACCCAAAUUGUGACAGAUUCAACUAAUGAAAAUGAGAAAGAUUCAAAAUUAUUAAAUAAAGAUAAUGUAAUUGCAAACAUAGAACAGCUAAAAUGUGUGCAAAUUGAGAAAAAAUAUUGUCUAGAUUGUAAUGUGACUCCUGUGAUUCCUCAAUGUUUCUGGCAUCAAGAUGACUUAUGGAUUUAUCUUAAAUUUAAUAUUUUAGCAAGGGAUGCUGUAACAUCCCAGCAUCCCAACCAGUUCUCGCCUGGCCUAAGAAUUUUUUGA